GGGAAGAGUCUCGGACACCCACGAUCCCAAACCCACCCUCCCCGGAGGGACGCCAGUUUUCGCCCGCUGCCCCCGUCCGUCCGGCCCGCAGCGGCUGUCGGGGGAGGGACCCCCGCGUCCCGCCGCCUCCCCGGGGCAGGGGCCGGGGCCGGGCUCCGGAGCGGCUGCCCCGGGCACCCACCUCCCUGCCCCCCCCUCCCCCCCCCGCCGCCGCCGCGGGCCCGGCCGCUCCGCUCCCGCCUCCCCGGGACGGCCGGGGAUGGACGAGCGGCUGCUGCGGGCGCUGGGGGGGCUCAGCCUGCACCCCCCGCCGCAGCGCUUCGGCGGGAGGCUGGUGCUGCUGCGGGGGCUGCCGGGCGCCGGCAAGACCACCCUGGCCAGACAACUGAAACGUGACUAUCCCAGUGCUGUAGUUCUUAGUACCGACGACUUCUUUAUCGAAAAUGGCGUAUACGUGUUUGAGCCUGACUUCCUAGAGGACGCACACAAAUGGAACCAAAAGCGAGCACGCAAAGCAAUGAAGAAUGGGAAAAGCCCGGUUAUUAUUGAUAACACCAACAUCCAUGCUUGGGAAAUGAAGCCGUAUGUGAUGAUGGCACGUGAAAAUAGAUAUGAAGUUAUAUUCCAAGAACCAGAUACACCCUGGAAGUUCAAUGUUCGAGAACUGACAAGAAGAAAUACUCAUCAUGUCCCUCGACAAAAGAUACAACGGAUGAAAGAACAAUACGAGCACAACGUUACCUUCCACAGUGUUCUUCACUCUGAAAAACCAAGCAGAGAUGAUGAGAGAAGCUCCAGUGGCCCAAAUGCAGCUUACGGGAUGGGUGCCCAUUUCAACCCGCCUCCAGUCUUCUCAAACAGAAGACCUCACGUGGCACGUACAAACAACGUGCCAUUUAACUGAAGAGGUGGAUUCCUCAGUGGAUUUUAAUUAUCAGGGUAUAAAAGUCUCUAGUUUUACAUUUUUCUAAACUGUUUUUUAUUCUUGUAUUUUUCUACUACAUGUCUAAAUUUUAUCUUGUGCAAAUCUUUAAGCGUCUCUGGAUUCUGAUCUCACAGCUCUACAUGACCGAUUUAAGAGCCUUGUCCCCAGUACAGGCUGUACUCCCUCUCAUCCCUCUUCCUCCAUGAAAACCCAUUCAAGUUUAUGGUGAAAUUUACUGCCUGUCCCACAUGCUUUUUGGGUUUUUUCCCCUGCAUUGCACUCUGUCACUAAGAGGACAAUAAAUACUAAAUUAUUCCUUUCUUUCUUACAGGCCAUGUGGCCAAUUCUUCUCCACGCAGUUGUCGCUUCUUGCUGUUUUAAUACUUUCUAUCUGGCUGUAUAACCUUUUGUCUCUUUCCACUCCACCUUGCCUAGAGCAUUACUGCUGGCUUAAGAGAGGCAAAGGGAAUGGUGGAGAAGGUAGCUCUGACAGAUUGCAGGAGGAUUUGACGCUGUUCCCCGUCUACACGUCUGCUGUCUGGAUUCGUGCUGGUCUUACCUCAGCUCUGUCGCAGCCAAACAGCUUCUCCAGCGUGGAGGCAAAACUCUUCAACACGCCAAACCCAGCCCUUUAUCUUGCCGUGACAUAGGAGUUCUACCGAUCCUGAGACGAGUCCAUAUACAGAGGCUCCUAAAAGGGAACAAUCAGUGUCAGGCUAGUGCUUGUUAACUUCUAAGUAGGAACAGGGCUACAGGAGCAGCUCUGAACAGCUGAAGCGCAAGGCUACCAAACACCCAAACUAACUCAGAAGUACAAAAUAAUGACUUAAGGAGAAAAAAGAAAUCAACUAAGAGAAAUCAACUCCUUCUACCACUAAGUGCCAAGAAGCCACUGACUGAUGGCUGAGUGAGAAAAGAAGCAAUCCUGCAGUAGUUUUAUCCAUAUUUUAAAUUCUGCUGAUUAUUUUCCCAUCAAAAAGCCUAAAACAGUUUUAAAACUCAGCAUUUGCGAUGACAAUUUUUUUUUUAAAGUAGGUGUGGAUGAUUAGGCAGUGCUUAUAGAACAGGACAGUAGUGAGUUAUUUUGCAGUAGGAAAUGAAGACAGCUCACACUGGACAUUAAGAAAGAUGCGUAUAGCUGCUACUCAUCUAGCAGUGUAGCAGACAAGUACGAGGUAUAAUAAAAUACGCUGUUUCUGGGCAAAAGGGAAGCUGUCUUCAGGACACAGUAGACGUAUGAGGUGAAUUGCAUUUUCUACACAAGCUGCAUUUAAAGAAGCAAUGUUAUCAUUGUAAAUAAACAUGAACUAGGGUGUCCUGGGAACCUGGCUUUGCAGUAUUGCACAAAUGUUUACAGAACUGUCAGCAAGCUUGUGUUGGCCCAUUACAGUUCUCCCAUACUGCCACAGUGUCCCACUUGGUGACAGGAAUCACCCCUAGUUCAGCACUCGAGCCACAGGACCCCUGAAAGGUUGCUGAGUGGGAGCUGGUGGUCUCAGGUCUGAAACAUCCUCCCUCCUUUGAGCCACCAGUGGUGGGAAGCAGCAGGGCAAGGGGCAGCCAGACAACAAAUGAACUGAAACGUGGAGUUGGCAGUGGGUCUAGCGGGACUGUUUCUCUCUCUAGGGGAGAAACUCCAAUUCUGACAUGCUUCACCUGUUGAAAUUAAUGAGAACAAAGUAAUGAAUUCAAGUGCUAACUCAGUCCCAGCGGGAAGAACUCCUGAUGAAAUCGAAGAAAGAUGAUUAUCUUUCACGAUGCUGUGGCCUGAAGUGAUUCUUUAAGGAGUAGCUCAAACACUGACCAAUGAUCUACCAUUAAUACCUCUGUAUGGCAUUUUGCUAUGAUUCAAAUAAUCAUAGUUGUUCUCUAAAACUCUUUUUGCGCUCUAGGGAAUGUUUGAGGGGAAAAUUACAAGAACUAUGUCAGAAUUACAGAGCAAUAUUUCAGAAUUAAUGUCUGGUAACAAUGAACUUUGAGAAUUGUUUAUUUUGCCCUAUGCUACUUAGGACUGACAAACAACUGUUCUAAUACUACAGAGGGUAACAAAACUGAUUGCUUUAGACUGAAACAAAGAUCCUGCUGUAAUUUAAGAAUACAUCAGAAUCAAAGCAGCGGCUUAUAAAAUGUCAUCAAGCCUUCAGCCAUAACAGCCACUGAUGCUAUUGUAUGAUCCAUGUUUGUGUGAGAGAUGUAUCAAUUACUCAGCUCCAAAUUAUUUUGCAGGUGAAAUGUCAUUUCAUGAGUCUUUGUUUUUGUAAAUCAGCUUUAUUAAAUACAAUCAGGAUUUCAUGUACAAAGUGUAAAAAUAAUUUGAAUUUGAAAUAUAUACAAUACUGUACACGUGCA